UGCAUGCGCUCAACACCAGCACAGAUCUGCUUCAGCAAGGUAAAGAGCAGAGCCAGACAGUGUACAGAAGGCGUUCAAAUGAAGGAAAAAAAGAUAGAAAACUAAACAAGCAAACAACUAAAAUAAGACAGGGUGAGAAACAGGCGCAGAGUGAAGAGAUAUAUUCAAUUCUAAAAAAUGUCCUGCUUGGUGAGCAGUGCUGCUGCACUUUUAUUGACUUCCCUGUUGGCUUCAUUCUUUGGAUGUUCUUGGGUUCUGGGUCAGGAUUUAAAAGAGGAUGCGCUAUGCUAUGCGGACGGAUGUUUUGUGGUCUACUUUCAACGUAAAACCUUCCUGGACUCAUGGAGGGCCUGCAAGGAGAAAGGUGGAAACCUAGCUACCAUUAAACGUAGGGAGGAUGCCGCCGCUAUUGCUACUCUCCUCUCCAAUCUGGAUUUAAGACAAUCUAACUCAGGUGUCCGGGUAUGGAUUGGCUUACAGCGGCAACCUCGCCAGUGUACAACUACACGCCCUUUGCGGGGGUUUUCUUGGACUACUGGUGACCAGGACACUGAGUACACUAACUGGCAGAAAGAGGAUUCCCCUAGCAUGUGUUCUGUGUCACGCUGUGUGGUAAUGAGCUACAGCACUAAGGAGCAGAGCAAUAAUUUCAAAUGGCUGGAUGGCUCCUGCACGGUCCCUGUGGAUGGGUACCUUUGUCGUCAUACCUAUAAAGGGAUGUGUCCAGCCUUGAGGAGUGAAGGGGCAGGCAAUACCCUAUACACUACACCAUUUAAACUUCUAAGCACACUGCUGACCCAUUUACCCUAUGGAUCUAGUGCUACUAUUCCCUGCCCUGCAGGCACCAAGGAGGAACAGUCAGUUUCAUGUGUGCUGAAAGAAGAUGGCUUAGUUGGGUGGUCAAGAGAUUCCCCGCUCUGCUCCGAUCCUCCGGUGUCACAUGACUGGUGCAACCAGGAUAAUGGUGGAUGUGAGCAUUUUUGCAGAUCCGUCGGUGCUCAUGUUUAUUGUUAUUGUGCCGAAGGGUAUGAACUUGGAGACAAUGGCCAGAACUGUGAGUUGCCUGACGUUUGUCAAGGGGCGCCCUGUGAGUUUAUGUGCCUGCCCCUCUCAGAUGGCUACCAAUGUGCCUGCCCUGAAGGAUACAUGCUUGCACCAGAUGAACGUGCCUGCCAGGAUAUAGAUGAGUGCCUCCACAGUCCUUGUGAGCAACUUUGUGUGAAUGCUCCUGGGACAUUUGAAUGUCAGUGUUGGGAGGGUUACCAUCUGGAUAAUGAAGGUGGGUGUGAGGAUAUAGAUGAGUGUGUAAUGGACCCAUGCGAACACGCCUGUGAGAACACUCAAGGAUCUCAUAUCUGCCACUGUCAUCUGGGAUAUUCCCCAGUGCCCGAAGAACCCAGCCGAUGCCAAGACAUUGACGAGUGCCAAAUCCCAGGGACCUGUGAGAAGAUGUGUGUGAAUUAUGAGGGUGGAUUUGACUGCUACUGUGAGGAAGGCUAUGAACUCAUGUCUGAUCAGUAUUCAUGUGGCAAGAGAGGGGAGGGAGACCAAUCUGCUGUCACCCCUCCUUUUGCUUGGGUCACCCCCGAGCCUCGACCUGUAUGGAACCAUAUGAACUAUGACUGGAACAAACGGCCCACUGACUGGUCUACAGAGGGGGAACAAUCUCUGAACUGGCUUACUGACCCACCCAGAGCUUUGGGUUCCGAUAUAAUUUGGGUCACCAGUGCCCCUCAGGAGGAGCUGCUCUCUGAUUUACCACUGGGCGCUGAGGAAGAUGAAGAACAAAAAGUAAUUGGAGGAGAUGACUCGUUGGGGCAGAGAUCUGAGCCAAAGGUUUUCCCCACCACCAUCUACACCACACCUACAGCCACCACCAGCUCCGUCACCACCCCAGACUGGUCCGAAGACAAUGAAAAUGAUGAGGAGACCACCACAGCUCUUCCCUUCCUUUCUACUUCGACAAUCUCUGAGGGAGCUUGGGCAACGCUCACCACUUCCAACAAAAAACCAACAAAACCAGAGGAUUCAUUUGUAGACCACAACAUGCCUACAAAAUCAAGCUAUCCCACCGAAGCGGAAAAAGAACACAACCCCCCUAGUGAAAAAGUUCAGUUCCCAGAGGAAAAGUUAGGGGGGGAGGUGAAUGAAUUUGUGGACGUCACACACCAAGACCCAGCAGUUCCCACACAAAAUACUCCUUCCCCAAGUGACGAUGGAGAAAAUGUUGACCUCCUGGAUUCUGUCCAAGAAGACAAGGAACAAAAGCAAAGCAACACUUGGCUUUUAGUCGGCAUACUUGUGCCCAUUUGUUUCUUAAUUGUACUAAUGGUGGUGAUUGGCAUUGUCUACUGCACUCGCUGUGCUGUUCAUUCACGCAACAAGAAUGCCACUGACUGCUACCACUGGAUCUCUGGGGCUCAUGAUAAACAGGGAGCUCCUAACCCCUCAGCAGGGGUCAAUACCCAUGUUUAGACAAAGAGGAGAGAAGCUGACAUUUACAUAAACCGAUCCUGCUUAAGGGGUAAGCAAGAGUGAAUAAUGGACCUAGUGAACUGCAAGCUAAAUGUUUUACCCUUUCUGACUGUGGAACUGCAAACUCUUUGAACACAUAUGAAUUGAUAAAUUCGGUGGUGCUGACCUCUUGUGGGAUGGGGAAUGGGGUUGCUAUAUAAUACAAACUGCUUUCAUAUUUCAUAUACCGAGCACACAACACAAGAUCUGAUAGCUUCAUCACUCCACUAGGCUACAUUGUUAGUGUAUUGAUAAGUAAUCUAAACACAUCGGCUUGUAGCAGAGAGUAGUGUGAACAUUUUUAUUCCUUUUUCAUAUCCCAGCUGCAGCCAGAUUCUGCGAGAAGCCUUCAAAAUAAGAGAUCUUUCUUUAUUCUGGUAGUAUAACUUUACAAAGCGAUUUCUUCCACACACCAUUCUCAGGCUCAGUUCUUUUCAAUAUCAUAUCAUUGUACAUAACUGUAGCUGUCAACUGUGCCAAAGAGAUUUAGAUUUAUUGUUAGCUCACAUCAGCAGUGGGUGACAAAAGAGUGUGAGCAAAAUUCUCCUCAAGAGUGAAGACAUUCUCUAGUCACACGAUAGUGCUGGAAAAGCAGUCACUGUGUUGAAUGCUCAAUAAGACACCAAUGCCUUAUUUGUAUAUAGUGGUUAGAUUGUAUUUAUGUUUGUUUCAUACUUGCUUUUUUGCUUAAACGUUUUAACAACUGUAAUAAUUUGAUAAUUUGUCCAGGGAUCCCAUUAAACCGGGCAAUUAAAUGUCUGUCAGCAUAUUGGAGUGUUUUUUCCCCAUUCAUGUCCAGUAUAAGAGCCUUUCUCUAUGUUUUUUCCCCCUUGCUUUUUCUUCAAGAGGUGAACGAGGAGAUGUUCACAUUGCACAGGGAUUAUUGUUGGGUCAAUUGUGUGCAACUUUUAUUAUUUUAUCUAUAUAGAUAUUUUGUCAGUAGUUCAAAAAGACAGACUCCAAAAUUACCAGGAAGAGGGCACACUAAAUUCUGUGGGUUAUUGCUCUUGGGAUAUUAUUAUGAAUCUUAAAGAUCGAAGAAAAAACAGUGCCUUGUAUAAAGAAUACAAAGCACUUAAGAACUUGAAUUAAACUUACAUUUAUGGAUUAAUGGCUAUUUAAUGCCCCCUGAAACAAAUUAUUGUUUACAAAGAUACAUGGGACAUAUGAGAAACCACUGUUUGCUUUCUUUUGUUACAUGUUAAGAAAUUGUGAAUUAAAAAAUAUGCCAAGAGUUGAGCAUCAGUGUAUUAUUGACCUUGGAAAUGGUACAUUGGAAAAAAACAUUUCCGGACCUUUGGUCGAAGGAACUAGCUUUCACAUGGGUAGAGAUGGUAGUUCAGCAGCUAUAGGACAUAGUUUGGGAACUAUACCCAUCUUCUCUGAGCUACAGAGAAAGCUAGUGGUGAAGCUCUAGUUCAUUGUUUUGGUCAAAUAUACAAAAGGGGCUCUGAUGGUUUGUUAUUGUUUUUGGGAUGACUUCUAAAUGCAUCUUCCUGAUGGAUUUCAUCCUGUCAUUAAUGUUUCAGAGAUUCAUCAGUCAUUUUAAAACUAAAAAGGAGGGAGGAGUUGGAGUGUGAUAAUAAGGAUAUUGUCAAUUCAAAAAGGAACUCACCAAGAAUCCUCACUUUGAACAAUGGAGUUAGGGAAACUACAACAGGAUACUUAAUCGCAGUCCUCACUGGCAACAAAAAGCAUUGUGAUCGUAUUGACUAAUAGAUAAAUGGGCUGUUAAAAAACAGGUUGUGGCUCUGCAAGUGUCUCUCAGACAAGGUUUGUCCCUUUUCCUCUUCUCUCUCUUUCCCCUUCCCACCCAUUUUCCAUGGUCAUACAGCUCUCCGCCAGACACAACCCUGUUACCAGUUAACUAACUUCUGCUUAUGUCUUUGGUAACCACUCUCUGUCAGUCCAUUUGUGUGUAAUGUGAACAUGCAAAGUUUAAAAGUGCAAUAUUAAAAAAGUGCAGAAUUAUUAUGAAUUCAGUAUUUUUUGGUAGUUUUGCCAUUAUUCCUAUCAAUAAUAGUAACCGUUUACUUCAAUUUUGAGAAGACUUACUCUUUCAUUUUUACCCCCAGAUAAUAUAGUUUAUCUAAAGUGGACAAUUUUUCAAUUCAAAUAAGACCUUGGUGUAGAGUAGAAAUACGUAAUGAAAUUCCUCAAAAGAGGCAUUUUGUUAUUGACUUGCUUUAAGAUCCUGUGAGAGGUGUUAAAAUAUAGCUUAAACAGUGCUGAUAUGGUGCAUGAUGCAGUUUAGAGAUAGUCUGUUUCAACAUUUGUCAAUGUUGUCGUUUUAGAUGAUUUUCACUUCAUGCCCUUAUGUUUCCUGCUAGGGGGAUCACCUUCACUUGCCCUGAGCUUCACCAAUUCCCAAUUACUCCUCCUCCUCCCUUGAGUAUGUACUCUGUGCGCUGCCCUUUGUCCAUAUGAGCAUGUGUUAGUACGUAUCUAGUCUUCCAUCAGUUUUUAUCUGUGAUCUUGGUAACCUCGUUUUUUUACCCCGCCCCGUUGACGGCUUUUUGCCUCCUCAGUUUUUGGGUUUCGUUGCCUCCUCCAACCUGCUACUUGUGUACCAAACCUUUUCAAGAAGAGACCUUGUUUUAAUAUUGUAACACAGAAUGUGUGGUUGUGUACUGUGUGAAUAAUAAAUCUGUAUCCACGCAGACAAAUACAACUUUUA